AUGGCUAAUGUACCCUAUGCGGAGGCUAUUGGAAGUGUAAUGUACUCUAUGGUGAGCACUCGACCAGAUCUAACAUAUGCAAUGAGCACUCUAAGCCGAUACAUGUCAAAUCCGGGUCAAGAGCAUUGGAAUGGAAUGAAAUGGUUACUGAGAUAUCUGAAGUCAACUCAGAAUCAUGGCCUGCUGUUUAGAAAGAGUGGAGAGAAGAUAAACUUAAAGGGAUUUGUGGAUUCAGAUUAUGCUGCAAAUAAGGACACAAGAAAGUCAUUAACUAGCUUCUAUUUUCUGUUGAAUGAGUGUUGUGUCAGCUGGAAAUCUCAGCUCCAACCAGUAGUGGCACUCUCCACUACAGAAGCUGAGUUUAUGGCAACGACUGAAGCCUUCAAGGAAGCAGUUUGGAUAAAGGGAUUGCUGAAAGAAAUUCAGAUGUCAGAAGACAAAACAGUGAUAUAUUCAGAUAGUCAAUCUGCUAUAUAUCUGAGUAAAAAUCCUGUCUUCCAUGAAAGAUCCAAACAUAUAGACAUAAGAAUGUUUUGGAUAAGGGACAAGAUAGAAAGUGGAGAAAUUGAACUUGAAAAGAUUGCAAGUGAGGAAAACCCCGCAAAUGCUGGAACCAAAGUGCUAACUAUCAGCAAGUUUCAACAUUGUUUGGAGCUGCUGAAUUUUGGAGCAAGCUAA